AUGGCAGCACAAAAUGGUCACAAGGAUGUUGUUGAGACUCUAUUACACAACAAAGCCGAUAUUAAUGCUCUAGAUAAGGAGAAUCGGACACCGUUUCACCAUGCAGAAAACAACGGUCACAAAGGGAUUGUUAAAACUUUAUUAGAUAAAGGAGCCAUAGUUGAUGCUCUAAAUAAGAGGGAUGGGACACCGUUACACACUCAAUUACACAACAACGCCGAGGUGGAUACUAGAACUAAGGAGAAUAAUACACCAUUACACAACGUGGCAUUCUAUGGUCAUGAGAACGAUGUUGAGACUCUAUUACACAACAACGCCAAGGUGGAUACUAGAACUAUGGAGAAUAAUACAUCGUUAUAUAUAUUAGGACAAAAUGGUCACAAAGAUGUUGUUGGGACUUUAUUAAAUAAUAAAGCCGAUGUUAAUGCUUCAGGUAAGGAUAAUUGGACACCAUUACAUAUUGCAGCACGAAAUGGUCACAACGACGUUGUUGAGACUCUAUUACACAACAAAGCCGAUAUUAAUGCUCUAGAUAAGGAGAAUCGGACGCCGUUAGACAAUACAGCAAUAAACGGUCACAGGGAUGUUGAGUUUUGUUUCCUCUUUGAUGAUUAA